AAUGGUUUAAUAUGAUCAUACGACUGGUUGACAAAGAAGAGAAGAUAAAAACAAAGUUACGGAUCAAACCCCAACUCUAGCUACAACCUUAAAAUGUAAUCCCAAACCGACAUUACCACUAGCUUCAACACUGGCUUCAUGUAUCUUUGCUUGUUAAAUUAAAAUGGCCAUCACAUAAAUGCAAAGCAAAAGUUGCACUGCAUUAUGGGAUUAUUUUUCAUCAAUAAAAGUUUUUUUUAAAUAUGUGGUUUCUGUAAUUGUGACUUGAUAAUGGUGUUAUUAAGAAGAAAACAGCCAUAGAAGACCAAAUGGGGCCUGCAAUUCAGAAAAGCAAAACAGAAAUGACACAAGGUCCGGAAGUGGAGCCGCUCGUGUUGAGACAAGUUUAUCGUUUCCCGGCAGAUAUUUCCUCUGCAUGUAGUUAGUUAUGACUGCACGAUAAGGGAUCAUAUUUCGAAGCCAAAUUGGAGAUAUGACCUAUAAAGUCCGCAUUAGGAAAAAAAAAUAAACAAAGUUAUGUUAUCGCUGGGAUGUAACCUUUGAACAUUGCAAAGCACGUAAUGCAGUAAGGAUCAGAAACAUCCCCGGGGUAAGAAUCUCACAGAGGCCAACCCACAAGGAAGUCCCCCCCCACCCCCCCUCUUAGUGAAGUAAAAGCGUAACAGAGAGUGUUGAGCUGCAUGCGGGUCAAAGGGGCACAAAAACAUGGGGAAAUAUUUAUUUUUGCUGGUUCUGGUGCUCUGUCUCAACGGAACGCUUCAGAAGAAAGGUAAAAAAAAGUUAAACAAUCCAGUGCAGAAGAACACCACCCAAGUUGUGUUUCCCAGAACCUUCAAAGGACAACCGCUGGCACGGACCCGCUUCUUCUCUUCGAACAGGACACGCCUUCCCGCAGCCUCACCUCCCUGGCUCCGGUUGCUAAGCAACAGCACCGCCGGGUACCUGAACGGCCCCCUGAGCACCAAAGUCCUCCCCUUGACCUACAUGCUGGUCGUGGCCGUGGGGGUCCCAGCCAACGUGGCCAUCCUGAGCGCGCUGGCCACCAAGGUGCGAGCGGUGUCCUCGGCCAUCCUCUACAGCAGCCUGGCGGUCUCUGACCUCCUCCUGCUGGUCUCGCUGUUCUUCAAGGCCCACUACCAUCUCCAUGGCAACCACUGGGUGCUGGGAGAGGCCGCCUGCCGGGUGGUCACGGCUUGUUUCUAUGGCAACCUCUACUGCUCGGCGCACACGCUGGCCUGCAUCAGCAUCCAGCGCUACCUGGCCGUGGUCCAUCCCUUUACGUACAAGCGUCUCCCUAAGCGCUGCUACAGCGCCUGGACUGCCGUGGCCGUCUGGGGGGUGUUCGCCGCCGCCGUCACACCCCAGCUGCUGGUGCGGCAGAGCUUUCGUAUCCACGAGCUGGGCCGCACCACCUGCCACGACGUGCUGCCGCUGGACCUGGGCUCGCACAUCUUCCUGCUACACUACAACCUCUUCCUGACACUGGUGGGACUCGUGGGCCCGCUGGUGGUGACGGUCCUGUGCCACGCUCGGAUCAUGUGCGAGCUGCAGCGGUCGCAUCUGGACUGGGCCGCCUACAUGAAAGCCAGUUCUCUGGUGUUUGUCAUCUUCCUUGUGUGCUUCACACCUGCGGGUGCGGUGCACUUCCUCCAUCACGUGCAGCUUUUUGUGGACGGUGCCGAGGGUUCCUAUGCGGUCUUCAACGUGGCCGUUUGUUUGUGCUGCGUUCAUGCCUGUUUGGACCCUUUCCUCUUUCUUCUCAUGUCCAAAUCUGCUGGAUCCAGGUUGUACUACAUCACCUCUCAGCCAUAAAGCCUCAGCAUGUCUUCUUGAGAAAUUUUACCUAUCAACAAUUCCUUAUGGUUUGGUUUUCACUAGUUACAAACAUACUCAAAUUAAAAUAAAAUGUUUUUUUUCUU